AUGAGGGACAAAUAUGGUGCAGAUAAAAGGAGUUGGUUAGUAAAUUUAUACAAUCAUCGAGAUCAUUGGGCUCCAGUGUAUCUUAAAGACACUUUUACUGCAGGAAUGACAUCUACUCAGCGGAGUGAGGGAAUUAAUGCUUUUUUUGAUCAUUUUGUGAAUGUAAAUACCGAGUUACAUGAUUUUGUUAAGCAGUAUGAUAAUGCUGUCAGAGCUCGCCGAGCCGCUGAACUUGAGCAAGAUUUUAAGUCCACAAACUCAGUUCCUACAUUGAUAAUUGAACAUCCCAUUGAAAAACAAGCUCGGGAGAAUUAUACGAAGAAUCUGUUUACUAUCUUUCAGAAAGAACUCAAGGAUAGUUACUCCAUGCUUCAUGAAAAGUUGUCGAAGGACGGCGCAAGUGCUACUUAUGCCGUUUGGAAUAUAGAUAGCGAGGCUGAAAGCAAGAAGAUAGUAAAGCAUCAUGUUGUUUUCGAUACAUCCAAAGAAAAAAGAAUUAAGUGCUCUUGUGCGAGAUUUGAGAUGGAAGACUCAUUUUUUGAAGAAGUUGAGAAUUACAAGAAAGAGAAGGAACUUAACGAUAAUGGAAAUGAGCGCAAUACCAACAAUAAGAUGCCUACUUCAUCCAUACCCAUCUCUAUAGAGGAAGCAACUCAAAUCACUAUUCGUGAUCCAGAUAAGCUCGUUGCCACUAAGGGACAAUCAACACAGGCUACUAGAAUUAAGUCCGGAAUGGAGAUAUCACAAGAAAAGAGUAUAAAAAAGCAAAGAUUUUGUGGAUUUUAUAAGGGAAAUUGA